UUUUGUUAUUAUAAUAAUUAUUUCCUAGUUACACUAGUUACCAAAGUUGUUUAAUUAACUGGUCUGGGGUCUUUUCCAAACAUUUUCCACCACUGCACCACUGAUAUUUUUCCUUUUGAGACAAUUCAGUUUGGAUUGAACCUAUAAGGAAAAUUAACAUUAGUAAAAAAAUAACUUCUUAAUGUAAACAGCAUUGCUAGAUCUCGCAAAAAUAAAUUUUUUUUGACCAGUCAAUUAUUUCCCAUGUGUCCCGGGAGCUGGCGUGUUUUUACUGUGUAAACAAAGACUCCAUGUUGCUAAUGCACCUGCCUUCAGGUUAGCAUGCUUGCUAAACUCGUGUACGCCCCCCUCCCCCCGCUCCAGCAGGUUGAACAACUACACCUGAAACAAACACCCGGGUCUACGUUUCACCGACGGCGACAUAAAAUGACAACAAACUCACCAGGAAGACGCGGAUAUUUGCUUCUUUUUGGAGUCUUUUGACGUCGUUUUUGAAUCCAUAAGUUUCUUUUGUUGCUGGCUGCCGACAGACAGGUCAGCUACUUCCGGGACGACAAACCAAGUCACAGGUAGAACAUGAAGAUAUGGACGUGAUGGACCUCGUUUCCAAUUGAGUGGAUGUACCUUUGAGAAGUUCAAUGGCUGCAACAGAAAGCAAGAGCGCUGGCGGCACCGCCACCGCCGCCGCCGCCGGCUUGUCAUGGGCGAGGGUCUGCAAGGAGUGCGGGCAGCCGCACGAGGGCCAGGAAAGCCACCUGUACGAGUACCCCGAUGACGUGGACGACGAGCUGGUGUGCCACAUCUGCCUGCAGCCCCUCAUCAGACCCAUGGACACCCCCUGCGGCCACACGUAUUGCUUCCACUGUCUGGGCAGCUUCUUGAAAGAGCAGGACUUUUGCCCCGUGGAUCGCCAGCGCCUGCAGCUGCACCAGUGUCGCCCGUCCAGCCUGCUGGUCAGGAAUCUGCUGGACAAGCUGACCGUCAUGUGUCCUCACUCCGCGGAGUGCCAGCAGCAGAUGCAACGCUGUGAACUCCAGCCUCAUCUGCACAAUAGAUGUCCUGCCUUCAGGAGACUGCGAGAGGAAGCGGAGAAGAGGAAGAGACCUUCGUGGAACGAACUGAAGGGGCGUAAAGGCGACUGCGAGUUGCCUGCUGCUGACGCCAAACAUUCGGAAACUCCACCUCGCAGUGCCACCAGAGACCAGCCUGAUCCUGGGCUCAUUAACCCCGCCUACGAAGAAAGCGAGGAGGACAACACGCCGCUGCGCUCCAGCCUGGUGGCCGAGUCCAACGUGGUGGAGCUCUUCAGAGAGGAGCCCGACGAAGAGCUGGGCCUGCGCAUCGUGGGGGGCAAAGACACGCCCCUGGGCAACAUCGUCAUCCAGGAGGUGCUCCGUGACUCCCAAGCGGGCCGCGAUGGCCGUCUGGCACCCGGCGACCACAUCUUAGAGGUGAACGACAUCAGCUUGGCGUCCGUCCCCCACGCCCGGGCCAUCGCCGUGCUGCGCCAGCCCGCCCUCCUCAGGCUCACCGUCAUGCAGGAGAAAGGCUUCAAACCCAGGGAACCGCGCUCCGAUCAUCACCCUCCCUCGUCCACCGCCACGCCGCCGCCCUCGCACAGCGCCCACGGCAACACGUCCUCCGCCCACAACCCUGGCACGGUGCUGCAGGUGACGCUAAUCAAGAGUCAGCGCGCCGAGCCCCUGGGCAUAAAGCUGAUACGCAAAUCCGAGGAGAGCGGGGUCUUCAUCCUGGAUCUGCUGUCCGGGGGGCUGGCGGCCAAGGACGGCAAGCUGAAGAACACCGACAAAGUGUUGGCCAUCAACGGACACGACCUGAGGCACGGGACCCCCGAGAGCGCCGCCCAGAUCAUACAGGCCAGCGAGAUGCGUGUUAACUUUGUGGUCAUGAGGCCGACGGAGCCGAUGGAGGAGGGCGGACCCCAGGGCCGGGCAGCCAGGAGGGUCCCCGAGCCACAGUACUUCAGACGCCGCUCCACCUACAUGAAGGACCCUCCUGGUGGUUUUUCCAGUCAGGAGAAGACGGUGAGCCUAAAGAAGGAGCCUCGUCUCUCCCUGGGAAUCACCAUCGCUGGAGGGAGGGACGGUCGCAGUCGCCUUCCCGUCUACAUCACCAGCGUGCAGCCUGUCGGAUGUCUGCACCGAGACGGCACCAUCAAAAGAGGUGACAUUCUGCUCAGCAUCAACGGCGUGGACCUGACCCAGCUGACGUACGGCGAGGCCGUCUCCACCCUGAAGGCGCAGGCGGCUCAACCCCAGGUGGCGCUACGUGUCAUUCACACCAUUUCCCAAGACUCCCAAGAAGACGGCGAGGGCGUGGGCGGCGACAGAGCGGACGCCCCGGAGGACGCUCGGGAGGACGCCCUCAACUGGACGCCGAUGUGGACGAGAUGGCUGGGCUUACCCAGUCACAUGCACUGGUGUCGGGACAUCGUCCUCCAGAAGAGCAACAACGAGAGCUGGGGCUUCAGCAUCGUGGGAGGCUACGAGGAGAUUGGCGGCCAGCAGCCCUUCUUCAUCAAGACCAUCGUGCCGGGCACGCCCGCUCACUUUGACGGGCGCCUCAAGUGCGGCGACGAAAUCGUGGCGGUGAACGGAGCCACGACGGUGGGGAUGAACAACUCGUCGCUCAUCCCCAUGCUGAAGCUGCAGAAGAAUAAAGUCACGCUGACCGUGGUGUCCUGGCCGGGGAGUCUGGUGUAGCCCCGCCCACACAGCGUUGUGCUGCGGCCUUGCUACUGCUGACUCAGCACAGGACUUGUGGGAUGCCCUUCUUAAAGGGCCGGCGCGUGGGUUUGAUGUGAUGGCCAUCCAAGUCUUUCAUUAUUUGGGACAAAUUCUUCAUCCUUUUCUGAGUCUCACUUGUAUUUUUGGGGACUGUUUUUCAGCCGGACAGUUGAGAUGAAGGAUGAAGGUGGCUCCUCAUCACCAAAUCCCGAGGAUGAUGAUGAUGAUGAUGAUGAUGAUGGCGACUAUAAAGACCAAAGUAUCUACUUUUGCUGCACUUUUUCCAACUUGAUGCCCUUUUAGAAGGUUCCCUAUGAUGCAGAACAUGCAGAUGUUCAUGCUUUUUUCUCCAUAUUUCUAUUUAUUUGUAUUUACACCGGCACUCUUACGGCUAGGAAUGUAUAUUUGCCCUUAAUUCUAUCCUAAAAAUCCGUCUUCCGUCAUUAUUUCCUAGCUUGACCAGCAGCAUUCGUGCACUGCUGUCCUCCCUUUCAAUAAAGUCAAAGCACAAAAUGGCAAAAUGAACCGCUGGAUGUACUA